CCUCUACGCUGUGGAGAGGGUCAGAUAAAAACGCAGUGCAAUCGGCACUCGCACUCAUUCCCCAGCUGCAGCCGGAUCCAAAAUGGUCAACGUCACGGAGGACGUCUUCGCCACAGAGGCAGUGAAUCCGAUCACCAAGUCGCUGGACACCAUCAAGCGGUUCACCCUGAGGAAUGGCAAUGGAAUGUCCGUCCAGUUGAUCACCCGCGGAGCCACCAUUACCAGCAUAAAGUAUCCCGAUGCCCAGGGGCAAAUAGAUGACGUGACCCUGGGAUUUGAUGACUUGGCGGGCUAUCAGAGUGAGAGGAAUCCCUAUUUCGGAGCCACCAUUGGAAGGGUGUGCAACAGGAUUGCCAACGGCAGCUUCAUGCUGAACGGGAAGCUGGUGGAGGUGUCCAAGAACCGGGACAACAAGUUCCAGCUCCAUGGCGGCUUCGUGGGCUUCGACAAGGUCCACUGGGAAGUGGUGGCCAAGCGUCGCGAUGGUGUCACGCUCUCGCACACCAAUCCCGAUGGCCAUGAAGGCUAUCCCGGAACGGUCACAGCCGAGGUGAGCUUCACCCUGAGCGAGGAUAACUGCCUGCAUGUCCUUCUGAGUGCAGUGACCGAUAAACCCACGCCCGUCAAUCUCACCAAUCACUCGUACUUCAAUCUGGCUGGCCACAAAACCGGAGCCCAUGGUCUCUACGAGCACACCAUCGAGAUCAAUGCCUAUGGGAUCACGGAAACGGAUGAAUUCUCUAUACCAACGGGAAAGAUCACACCCGUGGAUGGCACACCCUUCGAUCUCCGUGUGUCCCGAAACCUGGGUGAAGGUCUCAAGGAUCUGCAACCGGCCCGCGGCUACGACGACAACUUCUGUGUAAGCUUCAGUCCACCGCAACCAUUGGCCAUGGUGGCCAAGGCCAUCCAUCCGCCCAGCGGUCGUUGGCUGGAGGUGGUCAGCAAUCAGCCCGGCGUGCAGUUCUACACCUCCAACUUCAUGCCGGAUGUGGAGCGCGGUGAAAUGGCUAUUCCUGGCAAGGAUGGCGCCGCGUACGCCAAGCACGGUGCCUUCUGCCUGGAGACACAAAAGUUUCCCGACUCCGUGAACCACAGCAACUUUCCCUCGACCAUUCUGCGGCCGGGGGAAAAGUACCAGCAUGAAGUCAUCUACAAGUUUGGGGCUUUCUUACGCUGAGGGUCGAGAGCUUAUCUAACAUAUAUAUACGAAUAAUCACCAUGUAUCCGACAAACCGUAAAUAAUAACCAAUAUAACCAAUAAACCAAAAGCACGCAGAUUA